AUGAUCUAUAUAUACCUGGACGACUGGCUGAUUGUCGGCAGAUCGGAAGAGGAAACAGUCCAUUAUCUGCAGACCACCUGCGAGGUGACGAGGGCUGUAUGGCUUCCUUAUAAACAAAGAGAAAUCCCGUUUCAUACCAACCCAGUCUCCGACCUUCCUAGGAGCGAUUGUCGACCUCCGUAUCGGCGUGGCCUUUCUCACGACAGAGCGCAUCACAGCUCUGUAUCAUGGGUGGACCUGUUCCUGUCAUCCACCAUGGUCCCAGCCCGGGCCUGGUUAAAACUUCUGGGCUUCAUAGCCAGUCUGGUAGAUCUAGUUUCAUGGUGCCGACUUCGAAUGCGACCACUCCAGUUGCAUCUCUUGUCACAUUACAGGCCGAAAAGGGACUAUAUAUCAAUCCUCGUGCCAAUCAGCAGCCACAUCCUUCCUCAUCUGCGAUGGUGGCAAAAGGAGGAAAACGUCAACUACGGUCCUGGGUUCCCGCCAAGGGCUCCCCAGGUCACAAUCUUAACCGACGCAUCCAACAAGGGCUGGGGCGCGUCCCUGGGCCCACGGCAGACAGCCGGAGUGUGGGACAAGUUCUUCAAGUCCCAACACAUCAACAUCUUGGAGCUCCAGGCGGUCACCAAUGCUCUACGGCAUUUUCAAACCGAGGUGAGGAACUGUACGGUCCUCAUCAGGACAGACAACACUACAGUCGUGUCACAUAUAAACAGACAGGGAGGCAGGCGGUCUCCUCAGCUGUGCCUCCUCACCUGGGACUUGAGUCUCUGGUUCAUCGAGAAUGAGACAACUCUGUAUGCAAUCCACAUUCCAGGAGAGGAAAACACGAUAGCAGAUGCACUGUCAAGGGGUACAGUGAUCCCUACAUACAAUAGUGGACCCUGCACAAAGGUGUGA